AUGUCGUCCAUGGUGAUGCCGGCGCUUUUGUCCCUGCUGUUUGCGCUGUCAUUCCUCUUCUUUGCAUACAUCCAGCAAACAGAAGUUUCGGCCGACAUGUUUCGAGCGGCCAGCGAGCGAUUCGUGAACUCGCCCUGGCAGAACAACCCUAGGAGGACAAUCCACGACGUGCGCGGAGGAUCGGACGUCUACAAGUGGGUACAACAGGUCUUCCUGAACCAGCUCUACAUGGAGCUGCCCGCAGAUGGUGCGCCCGAAGGCUACUGCACCGCAACCUACCCCUGCAGACUGAGUGAAGGCAAUGUGAACCACAAGGAUGAAUGUUCAGGGCCCCUGAUUCCGGGGGACCGGAACUGCCCAUCACGCUUGGGGGUUCGGGCGAGCUGCUGUCAGCAGUGUGUCGGCACCACCUGCCCUGAGCACUCCGUUCCCACGAGGUUUGGCAACCUCACGGCCAACACCUCCGUGCUUGACGUCGCCGCGAACUGCGCUGAGCAGGUGCCGUUUUGGCUCACAUACUUGCCUCAGUGGAAGGACGAUGAUCCACCCAACAACCGAGAUGAGAACUUCACAUUUUGCCCCGAGAGGGUUGGGCGCGUCGCGAAGCGAGGGCUCAUGGUGGGUGGCUACAACCUGGUUCUCAUGGGCCGCCUCUCUCUGAAGCGUCGGAAGUGGGUGACGUCGGACUCACCCAUCUUCUCGAAUGCCUACCCGCGGAAAAUGCCAUACCGCAAGACGGAUGCAUUCAGCCAAAGGCCCGCGGAGGAGGACAUGGCAUCCUUCGGCCAGAAUACGGUCUACAACUACCAGAGGAACGCCGGCUUUAGGCGGGCGGGGGCCUUUGUGGAGAUCCUAAACUUCGACGGGCCCAAGCACGUCAUCCUCAACAAGAUUGCCGCUCUGCGGCGUGAGGGAUGGUUCAACCUGCAACAAGGAUCCUUAGUAGCCGAGUUGCUGGUGUGGAACGGCAAUGUUGAGCGCUUGCUGCACACGGCCAUUGUCUUCGAGCAUGACUUCAGCGGCAAGACGCAGACUCAGGUCCUCGUGAGUAGCCUCGCUUUCAACAUCCAUGACACGAACUCCGUGUCAACCUACUUCCUCUUCUUCCUCUACCUGGUGAUCAUUGUGUGCUUCGUCUUCUUCUUCCGCGCCCAGAUCGAGGACAUCUCAGCUGACUAUCGCGCAUACCUCUCCGAGCCCAUGGGCUACAUCAAGCUGGCACUCUUCUGCCUUUGCUUCUAUUGCAUCAUGCAGUACUUCACCAUCGUCUUCUCCUACACUUUCCUGAACUUUCGGCUGCCGAUGAAAACGUCGGACUUCCAGGAAGUGGCGGAGCUCACGAUGAACAACGAGGACCUGAAGGUGGCCGUCUCCGUUACCACCUGCCUCCUUUUCGUGCAGGCAAUCGCGGAGUGCUGCACCCUGAUCCCACAACUCCAGCUUCUGGUGCACUCCAUGAGCGUCAUGAAGGAGCACCUCGCUGCUUUCUUCGUGGCCUUCUUCAUCAUGGUGAUGGGUUUCGCCCUGGGGGGCAUGUUCGCGUUGGGCUGGAAGAUUCGGGAGUAUGGCACCAUGCCAUAUAGCAUCCUCACAGUCAUCGAGAUGAUGCGCGGCAAGUCCAACUACCCCUCGAUUAUCUCGGCGAACCACGAGUUUGGCGAUGCCUACUUCCUUUUCUUCCACUUCUUCUUUCUGAUCUUCCAGCAGUUCUUGCUCGCCAUCUUGGUCAUUGGGUACAUGAAGGUGCGAAAGCGGCAGGCUGACUCCGAGCAGGUGGAGACGCCCUUGCGGCGCAUCUUCCGAUCUGUGAAGAGCGCCCUGCUUCACCUCAGUGCCAACAUCCGCAGUCGGCUCAUCUCGUUGCAGCAGAUCUUCUUCGGCACGCAGGCAACCGCCAAGACCGUGGACUACGAGCAGGUGGCGCGGCUUCGCGACAAGCGUGCAACGAAGCCGAAGAUCCGCAACGUCCUCUAUGAGAAGAGGCCCGGGAACGACGAUGAGAGCGUGGACAUUUCCAAAGAGAUCAGACUUCGAGCUGUGGAGCCCUUCUACCCGGAUGGAAUGAUGCACUACUACGUGGAUGAGGUGGAGCCGGAAUCUGUGGCACAUGACUACAAAGUUCAGGGCUUUCGCCUCGUCGGCAUCUUUUCGAAGGGCAGCUACGACAAGGAGAAGUUCCGCAGCGUGCAGGACUUCGAGCAGAAGUACUCGAAGGAUCCUCAGCAGAUCCUCUCCAGCAUCAGCAAGGCAGACAGUCUACCAGUGAGACUCGAAUUUCAGGGCAAAGUGCAGCCCUUCUCCUGCGAGUGCCUGACCAUGGCAUUCUUGGUCACCAUCUUCCUCAUAUUCGUACUUCAGGUCGCACGUGUACAGGACUCCUACAGUCUGACUGAGAUCCAUCGCGCUGAGCUCAUGGGCAGGGAAUGGUACGAGUACCAUCCGACCCGGAUCAUGGACUUCCGCAACAUCUCUCUGAACCCCUCGAGCUACAAGCAGUGGAUGCGGGAGGCAAUUUACGAAGGCGAGAUGAGCUGCGUGGGGCUUCUCGACCAGAAUGCGCAAACAUGCAUUCCUGCUCAUGGCUCCGACGGCGAUCCUUUCGUGCGCGAGAACUGGCAGCUCUAUGUCCAAAGCGGAUCGUCACUGGAAGCUCUGAAGUUGAGUUCUAGGCCGGAGACUGCGGACCUGGACAUGUCCGUGUCCGGCUUCGCCCCCGCGGCAGCAGAAGGCAUGACGGUCGGCUUUGUGCCGAAGGGUGAUGUGCCCGUGACGACAGCGAUCCGCUUCCGAACCUGGAAUGUGGGCGUGAUGCCCAACAACCAUGCGCGGGUCGUCUUGCAGAUUCCAUGCCAUGUUCCCGUUACCAACGAACGUUUCAGCGCCGAUUAUCCGUAUCGGCUGAGCUCUCUCUUCCGUGGGUGCGCGACAAAGGACUGCAUGGGAGAGCUGCUCAAGGAGCAGCAGACCUGCUACUCCUUUGACGGCGCGCAGCAUCCUGCUGCUAACGUCACUGGUGCGUCUACCGGCAUCGUGUAUACCUACACGACGCAAGCGGGAGCUCAGGGUGUGGUCUUGGGAUUGGGUGGGACGCCGGCAGAGGCUGAAACCGUGAUGGACUUGCUCCUGCAGGAUCACAUCCACCCAAUCAGCAUGACCGUUCAGUUUGUCACCUACAACGGCAACAUGGACAUGUUCACGCACAGUACAGUCGCCUUCGAGCUAGAGCCCACGGGCGUUCUCAGCAAGAAUGUGCAUACCGUCGUCUACCCUUUGAAUAUCUUCACCAUGGGGCUUACCGACUUUGCGGAACAGCGCAAGUCUACCAACCGUGCGCUGUUCAUCACCUACGUGGUGGCCGCAUGUCUCUUCUUGACUCUGGUGCUCCGGGACCUGCUGAUCCAGCUACAGCUCACCUCCCUGGAAAAGCCAUGGUACUACUUCAUCAUCGACUUCUUCUUCGAAGACGUCUGGAACUUCCUAGAUGUUGUGUGCUUGGUCAUCAAUGGGCUUGUGAUUGAUAGCAUCUUUCGAUACAUGCUCAUCGACGGCACCUUCAACCUCAGGGAGGGAUUCCAGUCGUGGACCGACAACUUCGUCUUCGGCCUCGAUGCUAGCCUCAAUACCCAAGAUGCGUACGAGGCCUUCGGCAAGGCUGCGAGAUUGUAUGACACAUUCAUCACACUCUCCUCCUUGAAUGGGCUAUGCUUGCUUCUUCGGUUUGCCAAGUACUUCCGCUCUGUGACUUCUCUGCGGCUCGUGCUGACCACUUUGACGGCAGCAUUGCAAGAGCUCUUCAUGAUCUCGGCACUGAUCAUCAUCGUUCUGGUGGCUGUGGUCCUACUCAUGCACAACCGCUUCGGUAUGGUCUUCCACAGAUAUGGCACGCUUGAAAGCUCGAGCCAGUCAGUGUUCUUCUUUCUCAUCGGCUCCUUCGACACGGCAGACUUGUACACAAGCAACCCCUUGUUCUUCCUGCUGGUCACCGUCUUUUUUCAAGUCUCCUUCCUGGUGAUCUUAAAUCUCCUCAUCGCGGCCAUCAUCUACCGAUGGAAGGACAGCAGGCGGGAUGCCGAGGACUUCUCCGUCCUGAGCUUCUGGACACUUGGUAGCGCCCAGUGGUACCCUUUUCCCCUUUUUUUUGGUUAUGUGUUCCCUUAUAAAGUAAUCACCCCAAAAAAGUGGGUGCCCUUAUUGUAA